CCCCGGCCUCGCCCGCAGCCGCCAUGGGCCUCACCAUCUCCUCGCUCUUCUCACGCCUCUUCGGCAAGAAGCAGAUGCGCAUCCUCAUGGUUGGUUUGGAUGCUGCUGGAAAAACAACUAUACUGUAUAAAUUGAAGUUAGGGGAGAUUGUCACUACAAUUCCAACAAUUGGUUUUAAUGUGGAAACAGUAGAAUAUAAAAACAUCUGUUUCACAGUUUGGGAUGUUGGUGGUCAAGAUAAAAUUCGACCACUCUGGAGGCAUUAUUUUCAGAAUACACAGGGUCUCAUUUUUGUGGUAGAUAGCAAUGACAGAGAGAGAAUUCAGGAAGCGGCAGAAGAGCUGCAGAAAAUGCUUCAGGAAGAUGAGUUGAGGGAUGCAGUUCUGCUGCUUUUUGCAAACAAACAAGACUUGCCAAAUGCCAUGGCAAUCAGUGAAAUGACAGACAAACUAGGCCUUCAGUCCCUGCGCAACAGAACUUGGUAUGUUCAGGCUACCUGUGCUACACAAGGAACUGGUCUGUAUGAGGGACUUGACUGGCUGUCAAAUGAGCUUUCAAAACGCUAACCGAAACUGGAUGACUUUCACACCGGGACAUGUUUGAUAUAAGUGGUCUAGGCUUGUUACAACAAAAUUAGUUUGCAUCUUGGUUAUUAUAGAGUAUCUGGAACUGGUUUGGGCAGGAUAUUACAGCAUUUUGACUUAUUUUGUUGCCAAUUAUUGUUUACCAAGAUAUAUGUUGCCAAGGUAACAAUAUACUUGGGUUAAAAAGAAAAACUCCUUAAUUUGGAAAACAAGUGUAUCUUCUGAUUUUUACUUCUACUGUUAGCCGAAAUGCCUGAAUAUAGUUGUGACUUUUGAAUGCUUCUUGAGCCCCAAUUAAAUUAAGUAUGUUUUAAAGAUUCCCCCCAUUUUCUUUAAGUUACUGAUAUAUUUCCAUUCCUUAGACAGUCUGCUGACUUAAUCUAGCAUUCCAUUUAUAUUUAUUUCUCUCCAUUAUAAAAACACUUUCUUAUAUUGUUCCAGUGAGGAAAAUGCUCUAAAACACUAUUCAAAUCUUCUGCACUGAGGAACAUUUUAUUAACCUUUUGGAUUCUGUAAGCCCAUUUUUGCCUCUGUGUGAAUUGAAUCUGAUUGGUAGAAUAUUUCUGUGCUGGUUACAACGAGCUUGUUGAGGUUUUUAAUAUUCAGCAGAUUGUCUUCCUUUAUAUUGUAUCUUUUUGUUGCAUGUUGCUUUUUGGUAUCAGCCUGUUUUGCCCAGUGUAUAAUAGUUCUUCGGAAGUUUUACUGUUUAUUGGUGAACAUAUCUUCAUAAAGACAGAUUUUUGGAUAAUAAGACUCAAUGGAUUAAUUUCUUCAUAACCUACUCAGAAUUAUUCCUAAUAAAUGAUUCAGAUGUAUAGCUUUGUGUAUGCUCCUUGAAUCUUAAGUUUGUGGAACUGAUAAUAUGAAUGUGUGACAGAAUUAUUCUUUUUCAAUAAACGGAGUUUUUUCUGUACCUUGAACACACA